GUGUGUUUUGUCGUCAGGUCCACGAAGGUUCACAUUGGAUGGUGUGGUAGCACUGGAUAGCUGAGGCGGUCUCCCCACAGCCCCCAGCUAUCGGGACUAAUCUGCUACCAGAGAACACUACUCGAGAAAGGCAAAGGUGUAUUUGCUGAAAUUUUCUAUCUGAAAUCUAAAGGAAAGAAACUAGCUGAAAUUUGGCUACGGGUGUAGUUAGCGUUAGCGUGAAUCGAACGCUUUCUUACCAAGUGAACCUACUCCAGCAAAAGUACAAUCUUUGAACUGAGCUAAACAGAAUCAGUUUGAAAGAAUCUUGCAUUUUGACCUUCGCUAAUCUGGUCGAAAGACGGUGUAGAAUUUUUACGGCAGCUUCGCCGUAGAAUUGCAACGUACAAAAGGAUGCAGCGAGACACAACAACCAUGAAUGACGCCUUUAGCAAGCUCGUGACUGAUUGGCGCCAUGACGAACCGUUCUACAUCGUCGACCUAGGCGACAUUUGUCGUAAGGUGAAGCUCUGGAGACUCAAGAUGCCACGUGUGAUCCCUUUCUAUGCCGUCAAAUGUAAUCCCAUCCCUACGGUCCUUAAAACGAUUGCGCAUUUCGGCUUUGGCUUUGACUGUGCCUCAAAGGAAGAAAUCGAGGCGGUCUUCAAUGAGACCGGAGUGGACGCUUUGCGAAUUAUUUAUGCCAAUCCAUGCAAAACCCGCAGCUUCAUAAAGCAUGCCCGAUCUCGGGGUGUUAAGCGGAUGACAUUCGAUAACGAAGACGAACUUGAGAAGAUUGCUGAAAUCUACCCUGAAGCUGAACUCGUGCUUAGGAUCAAAGUAAAUGACUCCAGCUCACCGAUGCGGCUUAGCGCGAAAUUUGGAGCUGCCCUCGAUGACGUACCAAAACUAUUAGAGGUGGCCGCCGAUCUUGACCUUAACGUCGUGGGUGUGUCUUUCUAUGUCGGCUCUGCAUAUAGCGACGCGGAGUGCUUUUCCAAAGCCAUCCUCAACGCCCGCCGUAUCUUCGACCAGGCCGAGCUGUACGACUUCCAAAUGACUCUCCUCGACCUCGGCGGCGGGUUUCCCGGCAACAGCGGCUCCGAACCACUGUUCGAUAAUUGUGCACGGGCCAUCAAUCGUCAGCUGGAUGAAAGUUUUCCGGAAGGAUGCGGUGUUGAAGUAAUCGCUGAACCGGGCCACUUCAUGGCGGCCUCCGCCUUCACCCUAUAUACGACCGUGAUCGCUGUGCGUCAAGAACACGACAAUCGCUUCAUGUACUACCUCAACGACGGGGUUUAUGGCAGUUUCAACUGUAAGGUGUUUGACCACAACGAUCCGCAGCCGAUACCAGUUGGCAAACGGAACACCGGAGUGAGUUACCCUAGUGUGUUGUGGGGCCCAACGUGUGACUCACUUGACAAGGUGCACGAAAACGUGCUGCUGCCAAAAUUGGAGAUUGGUGAUUGGCUCCUGUUCCGCGACAUGGGCGCGUACACAUGCAGUACCGCUUCAAAUUUCAAUGGGUUUUCAAAGCCGUCGUUUCAUUUCGUUGUCAACACCGCAACUGAGCUCAUCCUCAGUGGGAGUAUCAUCGGUCGGCAGCUACUCAAGGAGCUCGAGGCGAGCCAAGGCCGUCUACAAGAGCUAGUCCUAAAAGUCGGCCAAGACGUCUUCUUGCACGGCGAUAUCAACCCGUCCGCACUACAUAACCAACAGAAGGCUCCGAUAAACACUUCGGACACCUAUGUCACUCAAUAGAACUAUUCCAAACAGCCGAAAAGAAAAUCUGAUUUAUAAUAAGUAUAAUAAUAGCUGAUUGUUCAUAGGAACGACUUGAUCAGUCGAUUGUUUGCCACAGCGCAGGGAAAGUAAUUGGUGAAGUCAAAAACUAAUCUUAUUAAGCAUUUUAUGCAAUCAAUGCAUUUUUGAAAUAAUUAAACGGGUUCUGGUGUUGAUUGUAACCAAAUAUCAUCCAAUCAUGCAAAGACUUACCAGUAUCUAGAGCGGUGUUGUUCGUAAAUAAUUUGGGCAGAAAUGAAAACGAUGCCCUUUGCUCACUGCCUUGACAUAUACCCAUUUGCUUAUAAUCUUUCUUUUUUUUUUACCAAGGAACCAAUCUAUAGUGGUUUGCAAUACGAAAUGAUAAAUAAAGUAAAAUAAAUUCGUAAGAAAAAUCAAAGUUGACAUUCAGCGAUAUACAUUGUGUAAUAUAAGGGUGGGUGAUUGUCGCCCGAAAAUAAUGCCAAUGAUUACUAAUUAGUAUAUACGUAAUAGGCGUACGAUAAAUCUGGCAAGCUUUCCGCAGGUAAACUGGGCACCUGAGUCAGCAUUCAUAAGUGUUGACUACACAACGGUUAUAAAAGGGCAUAUAGGAUUAAAAUACAUGGACUCAACACGCAAAAUGGAUGAGGCAUGUUACAAUGUAUAUUUGUAACCUAUUCUAGAGUUAGAUAAAAAAAAAAGUACUUCAACCAGCGUAUAGCUAUACGCAGAGUUCAACUAUUUCUGCAUCUUCAAGCUUAGCUCCAGAAAUGAUAGACCUGACGAAUACCUGUGACGUUAAUAAACGAAGAGGGAAGAAAUACGAAAAAUUACAUACAUAGAUCUGCUACUUGAUAAAGAUGAUUCACAAAUUAGGUUUUUUCAUUAUGUUGUCAGAAUUAGCUUGCUGAGGUUUAUCUCCCCGCGGCUUGUUUUUCUCGACUGACCCUGUCAAAACAUGCAUUUACCGUAUCAAUGAACUAGAACCAGGAGUCCUGAGUAGUUGUAUUAAGCGUUCAUAGUAGUACCACUUACUACGAUGGUACAAAGGGAGAAUGCUAAAAGACGUUGCGUAUCAAACCUCAUUUUUGCGAUAAUGAAUAUUGAUAGCUGCGGGUGAUAGAUUACGCUACCCGAUUUUUUCUGAGCCCUAUCCAGUCACUACAACUCCUGAUCACCCGCACAUAAAAGUGUUUUCCUAAAAGUAUCUAUCUUCCAUUUUUAUAUCAACUUGCAACUAGUUUUGAUCAAAUAAAGCCGCUUUCUGUGUAUUGAAAUGUAAUGCUGACAAAAAAUCCCAGUGUGUCUCCUAAUGUCAUUGCGCAUUAGCAUAUCCCUUUUCCACAACUAUUCGCAGAACUGCUCGGUAGUUCUACGAGUGUGUUCAACUUCAUGUCUGUUUCAAGACGUAGCAUGCAAAGUGAACGUCAUUGCAUUUCUUCGAUAUCCUCAUUACGUUGUUUCGAUAUAAGUUCCUCAUAAAACUGAACUUCUAUUAGUAAUGUUCCUAUACUAAUAUAUGCAUUUUUAUGUUAUAUGGACCUCUGACGACAGUUUGCAACUGUCAAAACACUGAAGAGAGAUGCUGGCGUUGUAAAGUCCGACCAUUAACCUUGGUAUCCACGUUGGCCCAUUGUGCUUACGUUACAGAGGGCUAACCAGUCAUAAACAAUUGCAGCCCGCAUCGAGGAUAUCGCUUUCAGUCAGUGUAACAAUCCCUGUCAAAGUUACGAUGUUUCCAACAGUCUCCAGAUAAUAAUUGGAUAUCGUCUACAAAGCCCAGCCUUGACGUCCUACAAUUUAGUUCCUUUGCCGCAAAAAGCUGCAACGUACCAGCGCCAAAAACUUACUAAAAACACACUGUCUAAUUUUAACAAUAGUAAUAGUUGUAUAUACCCAUAUAAGUGCAUGUAGCUGAGUUUCCUUGAUUGGCACCUAUGCCACCACUACCAAUGUAUAUAGCAGCACACAGUCUAUCUGUAUAUACGUGUAAAAACUGACAAAACACAUGAAAAUUAUGAAAGCCAGGUCGCGCACAACGAAUUCCGAUCCGUAAGGAAUUAGCCGGUGGUGCGCUUGCGCGCUGAUGUUGUCUGAACUUGCCUAGAAAGCAGAAUACAUUUUAGCCUAUAUAUAAAGUGGGCGCUCAGCAAUCGAGAA